GUCAAGAAUCUAGCCAAGAUGCCUGUUGGGGGUCGUGGAGGGAAGGGGGUUGGUGGAGGAGUCCAAAGUUAUGGAAUCAGAAAUGGACAAAGUUUGACUGGAAUCAACGAAGAGAUCGUAUGGAUGUCCAUCGUGCUGGCCAUCACUAUCGCAGUGCUGAUCACAAUAGCACUGUGCUACUUGCUGCACGAGAACUGCAAAAAACGACACGACCAUAUGGCGCACGCGUGACAUAGGCCUAUCCCUUUGGCCCAUGGACCAAGGGAAUACUACAUAAACGUCUAGCAUUCGGACAUACGCAAGGAUAGACUCCACAAUCCUAGGGUAUGGACCACACAGAGUCUAUAGUUACCGGCCUAUCCCUUUGGCCCAUGGACCAAGAGAGUAUUACAUAAGCCUCUAGCAUUCAGACAUAUACAAAGAUAGACUCCACAACCCUAGGGUCUGGACCACACAGAGUCUAUAGUAACACCGGCCUAUUCCUUUGGCCCAUGGACCAAGGGAGUAUUACAUAAACGUCUAGCAUUCGGACAUACGCAAGGAUACUCUCCACAACCCUAGGGUCUGGACCACGCAGAGUCUAUGAUAAUACAAGCCAACUUAUAUUAUCAUAGUUUAUUAUUAUUUGUUUGCAUCGGUCAACCCCCCUGUCCCAUGGACCAAGGAACUAUUACAUAAAAGUAUCGUAUUUGGGCAUACACAACGAUAGACUCCAUGACAGUUUAUACCUUAGAGAGUAUAUUGUUGCUUUGGCUCGUUUUUUGGUUGAGAAAAGGGAGUACUGCAUAAACGACUUGAAGGUUGGAAGGAGUGGACCAUUCAUUAUUACUAAGUACAAGAACUUAUCCUACCACUAGUCUUAAGACCCUUUAGGGUUGUAUUUCUCUAAGUCUCACAACGCAUGAUUUUGGAGGCAUAUCGAUCUAAAAGUGGUACCUAAACAACUAACGACCAAUGAUACAUGCAGAACAAUAACAAGUUGGUUGAGAUCUGUUUUUGUAUUAUUAAUAUUAGGAGUUCAAGAAAGAAUUGUAAUGUUCGAAAGAAAAAUUUAUAUA